UUCGAGUAUUUUAUAGUUUGAGUUCMCGUUAUUAGCCUUACAAUGGAGAUUCCAGUUCCUCUGUUCUUCUUGUGGAUUUUUAUUAGAGACUGCACUGCUGCAAAAGUAGUGAUGAUGCCAUUGUCUGGGGCUAGUCAUUACUUAAACGCUGCUAAACUGGGCCGGGAACUCAACAGAAGAGGACACGAGGUUACUAUUUUCGUUGGUGAUCAUGAUCUUCAUGCUUCAGAAUCUGACCCUUUUGUCGUUGUCUUUAAAACAGGGAUGACAAAAUGUAACACAACUUCAAUUCUCGCUAAAUUUAGCAAAGGUCUAUCAUAUCCAGCUCUACUUCACCUUUGGAUUUCACAGCAGACAAAACACUGUGACAGUUUUCUUAUUGAUGAAAAAGUCUUGAACGAACUCAAAACCGCUCAAAUUCUUAUUGGCGAUGCUACUUUCAUGUGUUCGUCGCUAGUUGCUGCAAAGUUUGGCAUCCCACAUGUUAGUGUAAUCCCAACCUCUUUGAGAGCCGUUGCUUUGGGUUUUUAUGGGAUAUCCACUUAUCCAAGCUACGUUCCACAACUUUCCUCGGAAUUAACUUCAAAUAUGGGUUUAAUUGAUCGAAUGAAAAAUUUUKGGUUCUACUUGGCGAGGUUGGUGAUUUUAGAAAUUGCUGUCCAUGGAUUCUAUAGUAAAGUGAAGACAAAACACAACAUUAAACCUGGAGAAAACAUUUGGAAAACACUACGAACGGUGGAUUUACUGCUAGUGGCCAGAGACCUCGUGUUGGAUGAUUCCGUCAUGCCUUUGCCACCAUAUGUUAAAGAAGUAGGUAGUUUUACGCCUGGUCCUGCCAAACCUCUUCAACCGGAGUUGGAAUCGUUCAUGUCGAGUUCUGGUGACGACGGUGUGAUACUUGUAACGUUUGGAUCGAUGGUGGAUACGGCGUUGGACAAUAAAGUCGUUGCAACGAUGAACGAAGCAUUUUCGAAACUUCCUCAAAAAGUGAUUUGGAGAAUAAACACAGAKAAAUUUGAAGCAAGAAUUGCUUCAAACAUCAAAACAGCUCGGUGGCUUCCGCAGAACGAUAUUCUUGGUCAUCCAAAAACUAAACUGUUCAUAACACAUGCUGGAGCCAAUGGACUCGCCGAGGCGGUGUACCAYGGUGUUCCAAUGAUCUGCUCACCUUUCUUUGGAGACCAGUUUGCUAAUGCACGAAAUGUAGAAUAUAUUGGUCUCGGUGAGAUUCUUAGUGUCAAGACGACAACUGUUGACCAACUUGUUGACAAGAUAAACAAAGUACUAAGCAAGAACAGGUAUAAAGAAAAGGCWGAUUAUGUCUCUAGAGUGGUGAAAAUGCGACCAAGGACUCCUGUUGAAGACGCAGCAGAGCUUAUAGAAUACGUCCAUGCCGUUGGUAACCUGGCCCAUCUCAAACCAAAGGGUCUGGAACUGCCCUUUUUUCAGCUAUACAUGCUAGAUGUAUUGUUGGUUCUAGGAGUAGUAUUUUCAGUGGUUUUGUUUAUUGUUGUAGCUGUUGUAAAAGGAAUGAUUAACCUUUGUCGUGGUAGUCAAAAGAAAAUCAAAAGCAUGGGUCGUAUCGAAUGGAGCGAACGAGUCAUAGUCGAAAAAGUUAGAAAAAAGCACGGCUUGGAUUUACUGUUUCUUUUUAUUGUUAGUUCGCGGCAUCAACUGCAAAUGAAGAUUUUAGUUUCGGCUUUAUGCUUCUUGUGGCUUUUUAAAGUCUACUUAGCUGCAAAAGUAGUGAUGUUGCCGCUUCCAUCUUGGCCAAGUCACUAUUUUAAUGCUGUAAAACUUGGCGAAGAACUGGACAGAAGGGGACACGAGGUGAUUAUUUUCGUCAUGGAUGGUGCUCUCCAUGCUUCAAAAUCUGACCCUUUUGUCAAGGUCGUUAAAACAAGGAUGACAAAACGUGAUCAUGACACUUCGAUAUUUUCAGGCUUAUCAUUUCCAAAUCACUUCCAUCAUUUAAUUUCAAUGAGURAAAAACAAUGUGAUAGUUUUCUUAGCGAUGAAAAAGCCUUAAACGAACUUAAAACCGCUCAAAUACUUAUUGGCGAUGCCACUUACCCCUGCUCAUCGCUAGUUGCUGCCAAGUUUGGCAUCCCACACGUUAGUAUCGUCCCUGUCCAUUUGAAAGGCAUUGUAUUGGGAUAUUACGGUAUAUCCACUUAUCCGAGCUACGUUCCACAAUCAUUUUCGGGAUUAACUCCAAAUAUGGGUUUAUUGGACCGAAUAAAAAAUUUUGGGUUCUACUUGUCGAGGUUGGUGAUUUUAGAAAUUGCUGUCCAUGGAUUCUUUAGUGAACUAAAGACAAAAUACAACAUCAAAMCCGAAGAAAACAUUUGGAAAACACUGCGAACGGUGGAUUUACUUUUAGUGGCUAGARACUUUGUGCUACAAGACGCGAUCAUGCCUUUGCCACCAUAUGUAAAAGAAGUCGGUAGUUUUACGCCUGGUCCUGCUAAACCUCUUCAGYCUGAAUGGGAAUCGUUCAUGACGAGUUCUGGUGACGACGGCGUGAUUCUUGUAACUUUUGGAUCGGUGGUGGAUACGUUGGAUAAUAGAAUCGUUGCAACGAUGAACGAAGCGUUUUCUAAACUGCCUCAGAAAGUCAUUUGGAGAUUGAACACAGACAAAUUUGAAGAAAGACUGAUUGCUUCGAACAUCAAAACAGCUCGAUGGGUUCCACAGAACGAUAUUCUUGGUCAUCCAAAAACCAAACUGUUCAUAGGGCAUGGUGGAACUAAUGGAGUCAACGAGGCGGUGUACCAYGGUGUUCCAAUGAUUUGCUCACCUUUCUUUGGCGACCACUUUGAUAAUUCACGCGGUGUAGAGUACAGAGGUCUUGGUGAGAUUCUUAGUGUCAAAACGACAACUGUUGAMCAACUUGUUGMGAUGAUAAACAAAGUACUGACUGAGAAAAGGUACAAAGAAAAAGCUGAUUACUUAUCUAAAGUGGUGAAAGCACGGCCAAGAACUCCAGUUGAAGAAGCAGCAGAGCUUAUAGAAUAUGUCCAUGCCGUUGGUAACCUGGCUCAUCUCAAACCAAAGGGCCUGGAACUACCUUUCUAUCAGCUAUACAUGCUAGAUGUAUUGUUGGUUCUAGGAGUAGUAUUUGCACUGGUCUUGUUUAUAGUUGUAUUUGUGAUAAAACGAGUGAUUAAUUUUURCUGUUGUCGUCAAAAGAAAAUCAAAACUUCUURAUAAACUCAAUUGUACCAUAACAUGCUAUUUGAU